AUGGAGGAGUUUGAUGGUACCAUCGGCAUCGACCUCGGCACGACGUACUCGUGCGUGGCGGUUUUUCGCAGCGACGCGGUUGAAGUUAUUCCGAACGAUCAGGGAAACCGCACAACGCCGUCGUGUGUGGCUUUCCACAAUGGUGACGUGUUGGUUGGCGACAGCGCGAAGCAGUUGGCCUCUCGCGGGGUGACAGGUGUCGUGUAUGAUGCGAAGCGCAUGAUUGGUCGCAAGUUUGGCGAGAAAACCAUUCACGAUGACGUGAAACGCUGGCCAUUUGCCGUUGAAAAGGGAGAGAACGAUGGUGUGUUGAUCCGCGUUGAGCACAAUGGGGAGACACUUCGACUGGAGCCAGAGCAGAUCUCUGCGCGAGUACUCGCGUACCUCAAACUUUGCGCCGAGCAAUUCAUUGGCAAACGGGUUAAAAAGGCUGUCAUCACUGUGCCCGCGUACUUCAACGAUGCCCAGCGGGAACGCACGAGGGCUGCCGCACGGAUCGCGGGGUUGGAGGUGCUGCGUAUUGUAAAUGAGCCGACUGCGGCGGCGUUGUGUUACGGCCUUGGCCUUGGCUCUGGCGCCGGUGCGCAGGGCGCGGAUUGCCCCGUGAAUGUGUUGGUGUUUGACUUUGGGGGUGGGACGUUCGAUGUAUCCAUCAUCGCCAUUGACAAUGGCUCCUUCGCGGUGCGGUCCACGGCGGGUGAACACAUCUCGGAAGACAGGAUGUGGACACGGAGCUGCUGCGAUACGU